ACCAACCUCCACUUCCACCACGACCGACCCAGGGCUCCGCAACUGGGCGUCCCGUAUGCCUUCGCCCUCUCCCCGGGAAGGAAUACAAAAAGUGGCAGGCUCGGAGUAAGCAUGUUGGAAAACGGCAGGAAGGUGUACAAGGAAGGCGUGCUGGAGAAGAGGAGCGACGGCCUGCUGCAGCUGUGGAAGAAGAAGCUGUGCGUCCUGACCGAGGACGGCGUGUUGCUGCUGCCGCCCAAGCAACACGAUCAUCACCCGCAGCAGCAGCAGCAACCACCGCAACCCCACCACAACCACCACCAUCACCACCACCGCGGGGAAGACUCGGGCAAAGUCAAGGAGCUCCACUUCGCUAACAUGAAGACCGUGGACUGCGUGGAGCGCAAGGGCAAGUACGUCUACUUCACCGUGGUCAUGUCCGAAGGGAAGGAGAUCGACUUCAGGUGCCCGCAGGACGAGGGUUGGAACGCUGAGAUCACCUUACAGAUGGUCCAGUACAAGAACCGACAGGCCAUCCUGGCGGUCAAGUCUACCCGGCAGAAGCAGCAGCUACUCGUCGUGCAUGUGCCCGGACAGAGCCACAAGACGCUGCGGAGCUCGCCCAACGUGGCGUGACCUGCCCGGCGAGUCCGGCGGACAUUCGAGCGCCGUUUGCGGUUAAUUGGACGUUGUAUAUCGACUCCCACCACUGCGGCAUCAGCCCCUAAUUCUCCAGGACAAGCUGCGCUACUCGAUCCAUAUUUCCACGGAGCCCUUUUGACACCCCCCGACACACGGACUUCCUCCACUAAAGACUCAUGGACUAACGAAGAAGCAUGUGAGAAAACAAAAAGUGCGUUGGACCGUGCAGUUAUUUAUUAGACGUGUAUAUAUCUUUUUUUUUUCUAUGACUGUGUUCAACGUCAAGUCCGUUUAUUGGAAAGAAGCCUUUAUUUGUACUGUUGUUGUCUUAUUAACAGGUUGGUCGGAAUCAUCAAACCAAAGAUUCAUUUCCAGACGCCAUUUUGCUUGUUUUAACAAACAGGAUAAUUAGCCACGGUAGCCUGUAUAGAAGUCUUAAAUCUGUACUUAAUGUUUGUCGAUUAUGUUAUAACUACAGAGCGGGUCUGAAAGGGGGCAGGGAGGGAGGGGGCAUUGUUAGGAAUGGAGUUAUCAUAUCUGAUAGAAGGAGCUGCCAUUUUAAUUGUUGUUAAAGCAAGUCGCGCGCAACAGGGCUGAGCUCUGAUGCUAGCAGUAAGCCCGUUAGCUUAUCUGACAAAACGCCCUUUUCACAAAAAUCAGACGUGUCAUGCCAGUUCACACUUUCCAUAUGUGAACUAUUUCUUGUUUUUAGGGUUAACCUGGCGCUAACCUACACACUGUUGCUGCUGCUGCUGCAUUUAGCAUUUUGCUUUCCCCGUCAUGAGCGUUACGCGUACAUGGCCCCGCAAAUGUGUUUUUGUUAAAUACUAUUCGGAGAUUUAGUUCAGAAUGGCAUUUUAAACUUGGUAAAGUAGUUUUAAAAAAUGUUGUUUAUAUUUUAUAGCUAACGACAUUGGCUCGUUGUUUGGCAAUUUUUAUAGCUAACGACAUUGGGUCGUUGUUUGGCAAGGCCAAGCUAAUUUCAAACUUUAGUUUUUUUUUCCAAAAUAACGAGCUAAUAGAACUAAAUGUGGGCUUUGUAAUUGGCGCACUCACUCAGUGUUCCAUCCUAAUGACAAAGUUUUCAACUAAUUGUAUCCCACACGUAGCAUAGGUGAUAUUUUGAAAAGUACCUAUUCACAUUUUGUUUUUGUGAUCUAAAACGGCAACUAUGAGCUUGAUUUAAAAAAAAUAAUAAUAAUAUGGCCGCGGAGAGUCCACGAUGGGCAUUGCCAGUUAAAUAAUAAUAAUAAUAAUUUUACUUAGUAUUUUGAAAGCUGGAGCUGUUGUUUUUGUAGGUUGUGCGCCUCACCUUUUUUUAAAACUAUGUAUUAAAUAUCAUCGCAAGUAAUCCAGGAGAUGCGAAUCUAAAGGACUGAUUAAUGUGGCACGGUGGUCACCUGCCUCACAGUGCAGAGGUGCAGGGUUCGAUUCCACCUCCGGCCUUCCUGUGCGGAGUUUGCGUGUUCUCCCCGUGCCUGCGUGGGUUUUCUCCGGGUGUACUCCGGUUUCCUCCCACAUUCCAAAAACAUGCAUGUCAGGUUAAUGGAACACUCUAAAUUGUCCCAAGGUGUGAGUGUGAAUGCGUAUGGUUGUUCAUUUACAGUAUGUGUGCCCUGUGAUUGGCUGGCAACCAGUCUGCAGCACAGUCCAAGAUAACAACUGGGUAGUUCCAAACAAUUUCCAAACCCUUUCCAUGUGUCAUCUGCAAGGUAUUAACCAUUACUCAAGUUAUUUCGAGACGCGUGUCAUCAUUGGCAGGAAUUUCAAAUGGCCUUACUUCACAAGGUGGCUAUGCGUUGAUUAGCCGGUGGCUCGUGUUGAUGGUGUGAGCCCUUUUCGAGAGUGUAUGGCGGCAGAAUUAACACAUGCCUCAGUGUUGUUGUCAUCUCCCUCACAGCUCUGCCAUUUGAUCUCACCUUCGCUGCACCCCACUGACAUGCCUCUCUGCUCCCGUCAGUUUUCUUUUACUUCAAAAUCUAUUUUCAUACCUCCAAAUGAUACAUUCCAUUAAAAAAAUAUAUAAAGAG